UGCUCUCUGCGUCAUCUGCUUUAUGUCAAGAAGAACAUUUACUAGACAAGACCGUAUUUUUCCAUAUUUGAAAAAUCAUAUUAAAUUUGCAAUUCAAUUUUGCUUGAACAAAAUUAUGCGAAAAAUUAACCUUGCAAGAUGAGUUUUAUCAAGUGUAUCAAUUUUAUUAAGUGUAUCAAUUUUAUUAAGUGCUAAACAAAUAAACAAUCACUGUUCUUGAUUUGCAAUUUCUCUUGCUUAGUCACGUUAGCAAAUGACUUGAAUAAAUAGUGAUAAAACUGUCGUCGUGUCGGUAUCACUGAUAUGAUUAGUGGAAUUUUUAUCUCACUGCUUCCUUCUCUUAUAAAUAGCGUUGAUGUUCUGAGGUCUCUUCUACUAUCAGUUGAGCACUUUAUCAAGUAACUUCGUUGUUAGUGAACAUAAAAGAAAACAAUGACUUGUGAGGAAAGUGAUAUUCCGUCCUGGUUAAAUGAAACUUUUUUCGAGAAUAUCCUUCGAAAGUGUGAGAACGAUAGUACGAUUUCCGUGGAUUCGCUACAAGUUAGUUUAGCGAGUGGAAAGGGUGAACAUUAUGCUAGUAUAAUUUUUCGUGGACAAUUUAAUGGUAUCCAAAAUGGUAGUAAGAAGAGAUACAAUGUGAUCAUCAAAGCGCCUUAUGAAGAGAAUGAAUUGGCCAAUGACAUCAUCAAGCAGUAUAAUUUUUUCGAACAAGAAAUGGAAAUGUAUGAUAAAAUUCUGCCGGAAUGCCACAGGUUAUUGGGCACUAUAGAUGAUCAUUCGCAAAUCUCACCAAAAUCUUUGUUUUGUGAUUACGAAAAGAGCAUUAUUGUGUGUGAAGACCUCAGUGCAAAAGGCUUUCAAAUGGCUGAUAGAAAAACCGGAUUAGACCGUCAGCAUAUAGAACUUGCCAUAAAGAAAAUAGCUAGACUUCAUGCAACAUCUAUAGCAAUUGAAGCCAAAUCCGGAUACAAUUUAAAGAAGUUUGAUACCGGUAUAUUUAAUCGAAAAACAUCAGCAUUUACUUCAUAUUUCCUAACAAGUCUCGAUGCUCUUGUUAACUGCAUCUCAAGAUGGAAGGACUAUGAUUAUUAUGUUGAUAAAUUAAUAAAACUCAGACCGCAUUUUGAGGAAAGGGCACGACAGAUGUACGAACCAAAAGAGAAUGAUUUUAAUGUUUUAAUACAUGGUGAUCUAUGGACCAAUAAUCUUAUGUACAAGUACAACAAUGAACAGAAACCAAUUGAUGUGCAAAUUAUUGAUUACCAAUUGAUGUGUUGGGCACCUGCAGCAAUUGAUCUCCACUUUUUAUUUAAUACCUCACUUAAGGAAGAUCUCAAGAGAACUAUAUAUGAUGAAUUGGUACAAUUCUACCACCUACACCUGAGUGAUACUCUUAAGAAACUUGGAUUAGGCAACAAAGUUCCAACACUCCAUGAACUUCAAAUUUCCAUGCUGAAGAAUGAAUUCAGUGUUCUCACGAGUGGUCUCAUAGAACAGCCAGUUAUGAUUUUGGAUGAUGAGUUUGCUGCUGAAGCAGAUUUCAAUGCACUUCUUGGAUUAGAUAGCAGAUCACUUAAGUUCAAAGAGAAUUUGUACAAGAAUGAGAAGAUUCACAGUGUCAUACGGUAUCUACUUCCAAGAUUGGAUCAUAAGGGUCUACUUGAUUGCUAAGCUUAUCUGCAAUUGUAGGCUAUAUAUUAAAAGAAAAUAAAAGAAAUUAUCAAAUUUCUUAAUUUUUGAAAACAUUUUGUCCAAGAGGAAACUUAGUCUACUAGAGCUUUUUCAGUAUCUGAUAUAAUGAAUUACUUCACUUGUUUAAAAUAAUGUCAAUAGUGCAGGUAUAUAACGUUCUAUAUAAUUGGGUCUCCCCGCAAGAAGGGUUCGGAGCAUCAAAGAGUGAGAAUUGUACCACUAGAGGUAUUUACUCAUUCACUGAGAGAAAUCCGAAAAAGUUAAAAUAACAUUCCGGAAAUAUUAAUUUUACCCUGCAUUAUUGAUCCGAAAUCGGUGUAAACAUUACCCUCUUUAGGUGUAUUAGGGGUUAAAAUUACUCUUUUUCAUGUUAAUUUUACCCUUAAAAAGGUGUAAAAUUAACAUUAAAAAAUGUUGAUAUAUUUUUACACCUAAAAAUGUUAAAGUUACGAGGAAAAAAAGUUAAUCGUUCCCUCUUUUUUUCUCAGUGUUGUAAUUAUUCACUGCUAAAAAUGAUCAGUAUUUCAUUGAAUUUAAACAGCAUUAAAUAUCAGAUUUUUCUUGGCUCACUUUUUUGUUAGCACGAAUUACGAACAGAGUAAAAUAAAAUUGAUUGAUUUAUUUA